GUUGCUUCCUAUCCACUAAAGAUUGCGCUCUAUCAGAAACCAUUACAGAGAGAGCACCACACCCCUCUGCAAAUGGGUUUCACUGCCAAUAGCUGAAUCAGUUUCAGCCAUGGCGGCAACCGGCACUAGUACCCCUUCAUCAGCACCAAAUUCAGGCUUCAGACGCAAUUGGGUCAUUCACUCUUCGUCUUCUUACAAACCACCUUUGGUCUGCGUCCUCAAAACGGCGUCGUCUGACGAUGGCAGAGUGACUCGCAGCCAUGACUCUUAUGCUCCCAGCUUACUCAGGAAGCCCGUGGUGAUACCCCUGCCGAAAUAUUACAAAGAAGAAGAACAACCGAAACACCAAGAGCUAGAAGAAGAAGAGAAAGAUGGGUCUGAAUCUGAUCAAUGGGUGGAUUGGGAAGAUCGGAUUUUAGAGGAGACUGUUCCUCUUGUUGGCUUUGUUCGAACUAUCAUUCAUUCCGGAGAAUAUAAGAUUGGUGAUAAACUCAGUGAUGAGCAUGAGAAUGUGAUUUUAGAGAAGUUGCUUCCUUUUCAUCCAGAUUAUGAAACCAAGAUUGGUUGUGGAGUCCAAUCCAUUAAGCUUGGGUUUCAUCCUGAGUUUAAGAGAACAAAGUGUUUGUUUGUUGUACGGAAAGAUGGGGAGUCAGUGGAUUUCUCGUAUUGGAAAUGUAUAAAGGGUUUGAUCAGAAAGAAGUACCCUUUGUUUGCUGAUGCUUUCAUUCUCAGACACUUUCGACCACGCAGGUCUAAGAAAUAGAUUUCAGAGAACAAGAAGAAGAAAAAAUGUUGCAUUUGAAUAUGACCAAGAUGAAGAAGCAUAAACCAUGGUCGUCGCCACAAAAACAACUCAUCAUAUUUCAGAAAACUCACUUUUUUUUUAACAAGACAUAAUCUGAUUCUGAGUUAGAGUUACUAGUACUACAUGGCAUUGAUCAAACAACUUUCAUUGUUAAAGGCAAGCCAUUUGUUUUUAGGUUUCAAUUUUUGUUUUCCUUUUUUUAUUUAGUAAUGAAGGCUUUCCACUUUGAAAGAAGUAAUAUGUUUAGACUUGACUGAGAUUAUAUUUUUUUAACCCUA